AUGAAGCUCUGUUUCUGGAUUCUACUGACCUUGACUUCUCAGUAUUUGGUUGACUCUGCUAUAACAUUGCUCGUAAAGGAUUACGGCGUUGAAACACUGGGUAAGCCGAGCCUAGAGCAAAGUUGCAGCCAAAACCACUUCCUCUUGUAGCGACCCUCUCUUUUGGCUCCAACGCUGAAGAGCAUUCUCUUGAAGUUUUGCUGAAUUCGCCCGAAAUCGCGUUGAUUGACCAGCAGUGCACAAACACCUAUGGAGUUUGCAAAGAGCAUUGUAAAAACGGUAUGUCCAUCAAACACACAUAGUGCACGAAUUUAGAUGUGUUUUGUAGGCUCUACUGCAGCCCAAUGUGUUGUAUACCCCCGGAAGUCCGCAAAAAGCGAUGUGAGGAGGAUGAGGUGCAUCGUGAAGGCUUUUCUCACAACACAAGCACGCUCAAAAUUCUUCGCGAAUAUUGGAAAUCGCCAUACGAUUUGGCGGUUGGUGUCUGGGUGGAGGACCAAGUGCGUUUAAAGGAGUCGGACACGGAUAUUGGCAGGACAAAGUUCGCGUUGAAGGUGGUUAGUGCCCUUUAUCGCGAUGAAUUGAUCGCUAGCAUAUAGUGAGUUGCAUUUUGCGAGGAAAAAUUCAUGGCUAUUUCUACAAAACAAGGGCCUAAAUUUUGAAGGGUAUGUUCACAAGGUACUGUGUGAUAGGGGGAAUGUCCAAUGUGCAACGCUCAGAUUUUAAUAAAGCCUAGGAGAGCCGGGCAUACUCUCUUGUUGCCAGAGAUUGUUGAAUAUCUCCGCUGCAUCUGUGAAUCUCGAGCCCAAGCUUUCUGAAGCCAAUACUAGUCGCGGAAAAAAGUCCUGGGAAUUUCUCGCGGCCGUCGCGCUCCGAAAAGUUGAUUUGUCGCUGCGAAACACGGGAAUCGCGCGCCACAAUAAGCCAAAAUCAACAAAAUUGCACUGUGCAAAAGCACUUUUCGUGUUCAUGCACAGUGCAGAGUCGCAGAAAAUUCCCAGGACUUUUUUCCGCGACUAGUAUGCAGUUACGGCAUUUUUCAGCGGCGAGCUUGGGUUUGGAAGGCAUCCAGAAAAGAGAAACCUCCUUCUUACGAUGCUCGACAGAGGCAUUAUCAAACAGCCCGUUCUCAGCAUGGUAUAUCGUCGCAAUGCCGACGCGAAAUACAUUUUCGGCGAAUUUAACGAAGAAUUCUGCCAUUCACAGCGACACGCUGUUGAUGCUGUUGGGUCGCACGAAUGGAUGUUUGACGCAAAUGCAGCCGAGUUUUUUGAUUACAAAUCUUCGGGACGUCCGUUUCGGAUCAUUCUGAGAUCCACCGGCUUUGUUCAUAUGCCACGGAAUGUUCUCGCUUCAUUUUUGGAAGCACAACUUCUUCACGUCGACGAGAGGGACUACAAUUAUUACAUACUCAACGACAGUGUUCCACACGACAAUUUUGCUUUUUCUUUUAACGCGACAAACAAUUUGCGCUUGACGUUCAGUUUGAAGUCAGUCGAUGUUGUUGUUAGGCCUUUUUUUGCGGGAAGAUACGUUUUUCAAAUGGCAUCACUGGAUCCGAAUCCGGACAAUGUGGAAUGGAUUAUCGGAAGGCCCUUGUUUUUGCAUUAUUGCACAUUUCUUGAUUACAAAAACAACAAAAUAUGGUUCUCGCAGCACAGAUAGUCAUGCUAUGGCAGUAUUUUACAUUGAUGACAAAUUUAUACCCUAUUAUAAAGUAAGGAAAUGCGGUCUGAAUAAAGCCGAAUUUUGGAGUCUGAUUUGAUUACUAAUUUAAGUUCGUCUCAAGCCUUGAGGCUUUGAAUUUUGCCCCAAUUUACAAGCCGUUGGCAAUCAUGGCUCUUCUGCACCUCGUUGUGUUCGCAAUGCCGACAACAUGGAGUGGACUUUGGGCCGGUGGAGUAUUGUGUGGCCUUGGAUUAUGA